AUCUUGACCUAGGCGAUCUCACUGUGAUUGAUAAUUGAUAUUCGACCAUCGCCGUGGUCGGACUCCCCUUCGAUCCACGCCUUCUGGCGCUCGGGAUGGUUCGGUUAAGCUCAGAAAACAGGAUCAAAAGGGGGGGGAGGAGGGAAGAUGGGGUUGCGAUCCAUCACUUGCGGAUUGCGCCUUUGCUUGAAUGCUUUCUUUUUCCACCUCCAUAUCUUAUUUUCCUCUGUCGACCAUCUCCGCUCAGUUUUAUUUUAUUUUAUUUCAUUUCAUUCCCCCCCUCUCUCUUUGGUAGAAAGGCUUGCCCACCAUCUUGCCCUUUGCGGAUGGAGGUGCCUUAGGUUCUUGGAUGUUCCUCGGCCAUGUCAGUCAGGAUACCGGCAGGAUUCGUCCGAGGGAUCGAGGCGGCACGAUCAUCGAGCGAAAGGUGGCAUCGCACACUUGUAUCACGGUGUCCGUUGCUCAGUCCAAGGGUAUUCACAUAUUGCUUCCCCCGAGCCCUGGAAAAAGCAGAAGAUGCUCGGCAGUGGUCUUCUCUCCGUUUGGUAGAUGUGUACGAAGGUUAUAUACCUACCUGACCUGUGAGCGAGGCCUUCGAAAUGUUUGUCUCAAGCCACG